AUGAAUUCAGAGAAGAGCCCUACCGCCGGUGCGGGAGCCGAGGAUGCUACACCGACGCCGCCAUACACAAUCUCCGAACCUUCAUCGCCAACAAUCGCGUCGACGAAGAAGAGGCCAAGGUGGCGCAAGAUCUAUGAUAUACUUACGUACACGCCUCCACGAUGCCGCUGGGAUCCUGAUAAACCGCCACAGUUCUCCAUGAGCAUGAACGUCCUGUUCGCAUUCGCAGCCGGCUUUACUGUUGCCAAUCUGUACUACAGCCAUCCCAUCUUGAACAUCCUAGCCCACGAUUUUGGUGUCAAGUAUGAACAGGUAGCGCAGAUUCCGACAGUCAUGCAAGCCGGGCGGCCGUUUGUAGUGGGAUUAGUUGGUGUGACGGCAACGUUGUGGCUCGGUCUUUGCUUAACAUCGAACCUGGGUGUUUUCACAGCGAUAUCGUUCCUUGUAUCCAUUACGACGGUCACGCCUCAGCUGAUGCUCCCUCUUGUUGGCGACCUCGCGCCACCACAUCGCCGCGCAGCGGCCCUUUCAGUCGUCGUUUCUGGUCUUCAGCUCGGCAUUCUCGUCGCGCGUGUACUAUCAGGCACGAUCUCUAACUUCGUCACCUGGCGCGCCGUUUAUUGGAUGGCAUUUGGGCUGCAGUACCUCAUCUUCAUCCUGUUAUGGUUCUUCAUGCCAGACUACCCCGCGACAAACACGUCCCUCAACUACUUCCGACUCCUCUGGAGCAUCGUGCAAAUGCUCACUCGCCAUCCCAUCCUCGUCCAAGCCUGUCUCGCGGGCUUCUUUACCAGCUCCACAUUCACUAGCUUUUGGACGACGCUAACGUUCCUACUUGCCGGUGCACCAUACUUCUACGGCCCCUUGGUGAUAGGUCUAUUCGGCCUCAUCGGCAUCGCUGCCAUGUGCUUCGGACCACUAUGGGCGCGCAACGUCACUGACAAAUUCGUGCCGCACGUGACUGUUCUCUUCGGGUUGUUCUGCUGCCUGCUGGGCAUCUGCUUUGGGACCUACCUAGGCACGUUCACGGUUGCAGGUCCUGUCCUGCAAGCUUUUCUGUUGGAUUUUGGCAUGCAGACUGCGCAGAUCGCGAACAGGAGUGCCAUCUAUGCGGUUGAGCCCAAACGGCGAAAUGGCGUCAACACGGCUUUCAUGGUCGCUACGUUCUGCGGACAGCUCAUGGGUACCGCGGCUGGAAACCACAUCUAUGCCGCUGCGGGAUGGAUCGGUAGCGGUAGCGCGAGCGUGGGAUUUAUCGGUGGGGCAUUACUGGUCAUGUUGGUGAGGGGGCCAUGGGAGACGAGAUGGGUUGGCUGGAGGGGUGGGUGGAGCUUCAAAAAGAAGGACAAGACGAGUGCAGAUGGAAAGACGGCAGAAAUAUCGAACGCAUUGCAGGGAAGAGAAGACAAGGACGAGGAGAUGGGUGCCGAGGGCAAAGUAUUGGGAGAAGUGGGAGCAGAAGGCCAUGAAAGCCCGCUCCAAGGCAGGAGCGAGUUGGAGCUGGAAGGUGCGACGAGCGAAAAGAGCGGGAGGAGCAGUAGGAUGGAUGCGACCGGGUCUGUAAACAAGGAGACGGACACAAUUAGGUCUGUACAUACGGAGACGGACGCGAUGCACACGACGAGGGCGUAG